UGUUCCUAUAUAAUGAAAGGUUGGGAGUGUUCAAUAACAUGUGUCUAUGUAUGACUAGAGAGGUUUGUGGCUCUGGUUUACGUUCCACUGUCGGAUGGGGGAAAGGUUUUCUUCCAUGUCUGUUCCUCUCUUUUGUUUCCGAGAUGGCUCAGACAGUUUUGGAUGAAAGUGGUGGACAGACAACUCCAUGCCAAAAGAUGAGUGGAUUAAAUUGUGUUGCUGUUAAGGGAUUUUUUUCCCCUUCUAUUUUUAAUCCAUGUGAACCAAAGAGAUCUAGGAAUUUCAAAUACCAAGCUGCCGGAGAGCUUUUCAUUCACACACUGUUUUGUUGGAAAAUCUUAUCUGGAAGGCAAAUAAACAAAAAAACACUUUUCAGUGUUUCCUAGGUUUUUGUCCUGCCGAAUGCCCACUGGUUUUAGUUUUCUUUUUUCUUUUUUCUUUUGAUCAAAUGGUUUCUCAAAUGAAUACUGAUGUGAGCGGCUGUAGCUUAUUUAAAACACCCUCACUGGCAGAUGCUGCAGCUCUCAGCUCAUCUUAUUGAGGUCAAAAGACAUUUGACAGGCAGUUGGACAUGACGUGAAAGAGAUUGAGUUUUCCCAAAAGUGCCAGCUAAGAUUUUCUUUGCCCACUCCUCAGCCAGUGGGCAGAUAUGAGCUGGAUGCUAAUAUUGUGUGAGGAGAGACAAACCAAGUCCUCUGUUGCAGCCUGGUCUUCCUCCCCGUCCCCCUCCCCGUGGCUGUGUGUUGCACCGUUGCCAACCUGUAAUCUGUCCAAUGUCGGCUUGAACCCUGCACUCUGAAGGGCUGCCAGUUUUUGGCAAAGUCGGUCAGACCCUGGGAUUUUGUUCUUUCUUUCCUACAGGCGGCAUUUUUUUCUCAGGGCUGAGUCAGUGUUCCCUCUCCGGGGCAGAUUUUUCUUCUUCUUUUUUCCACAUGGUGAGAGCAGGUUUCUUCUGUUGCUUGCAAAUCAGGAAUCAGUAUCUGUAAAGACAUCCAGUACAGCAAAUGUUGAUCUUGCACUGAAGGUCAGGACACACUGACACACUAUAAAGUCAUCAGGGCCUAAAAUACAGCUCUCACAACCAGGGUGGGUGAAAGUGAAUAUUAACCAACCACACUUGUUGUGUUUUUGGGCUGAGCAGUGAUAAACUGUUUUUUUUCUUUCUUGGUUUACAUGCUACAAUGCAGAGAGCUAAAGCUUACAGUAUUAUAUAGAGCCCAACCCCCAUUAUUCCAAGUGGAAUCCCCCUUCCUCCUCCCUCUCCCACUCCACUACCUCCCUGCUCCCAUGCAGUCGAACGGCUACCCUCACCCCACACCCCACACCCUCCCUGCGCUUGACGGUUCACUGUGGCGAGGACCAGCUGACCAUGCCGAAUCAGCAAAUGCUCGGAUCAAGUUCCCCGUCGACUACCCGUACUCUCCGCCCGCUUUCCGCUUCCUCACCAAAAUGUGGCACCCCAACAUUUAUGAGAAUGGGGAUGUGUGCAUCUCUAUCCUGCACCCACCGGUGGACGACCCACAGAGCGGCGAGCUGCCGUCAGAGAGGUGGAACCCCACACAGAAUGUCAGGACCAUCCUGCUCAGUGUGAUCUCUCUCCUGAACGAGCCCAACACCUUCUCCCCGGCCAACGUGGACGCGUCAGUCAUGUACCGCAAGUGGAGGGACAGCAAAGGAAAGGACCGGGAAUACAUCGAGAUCAUCAGGAAGCAGGUGCUGGCCACCAAAGCUGACGCAGAGCGGGAUGGCGUCAAGGUUCCCAUCACAUUGGACGAGUACUGCGUUCGCACCCAAGUCCCGCCCACAGACGAUGGCUCAAACCUCUUGUACGACGACUACUACGACGACGAGGAGCUGGAGGACGAUGACGAGGACGACAACGAGGACUGUUGCUAUGACGACGACGACUCGGGCACCGAGGACUCCUGACCUCGCUUUCCUGUGACGUCAGUCCCCUCACCCCUAAACCAGUCCCCGCCCCCUUCCCCCCACACCGCCCUCUUUUGUCAUGGACUGAACUUUAAGUCUCUACACCUCACCCCCCCUUCUUCCCCUCAUCAUCCUCACUUAGCACAGGCCCCACUGUCCACCUUCUGUCACAUGUGCAGUCACAGUAUGGACACUAAAACCUGAUGCAUCGAAGAAAAGAAAGCUACAGAGUUGUUUUUUUGUUGGUUUCCUACAUGUUUUCUUUUAUUGUCUCUUCUUUUUUUUGAAAAGAGGUUACAUCGAUGACACACACAGACACACACACACACACACACACACACACACACACACAGUAGGAAAAUGUACAGUAACAACACUUCCUCAUCUGCUCCAGCUUGUCUGCACUGCUAACUCAAAUUCCCACAAAAGUUUUUUUUUUUAGACUUAGACCGUAGACUUAAUUCUUCCUCUGGCUUUGAGAGGAAAGGUGUGUGUUUUGUUUUUUUUUGACCAAGGAAUGGUCACUUCCUGUUGUCGUCGUCGUCGUCGUCAGCAGCAGCAGCAGCAGCAGAGAGGAAUGUAAUAUCACAGGUCAGAGCAUAGAGCAUUUGCAAAAUAACCUAAUUUUGAAAAAUGAUACUGUGUGUGUGUGUGUGUGCGUCUGUCUGUCUUGAAAGGCUGAGUCAUGUCCGCCUCUGAGCCACGUAUGUGACCUCCAGUUACCAGGCUGUUUGAAGGCCUGCCACGCCUCACCUCUGACAUUUCUAGAGCCCCAGGGCUUGUGCUGCUUCAAAAAGGGAAGCCGUCCACGCUGCCUUGUGCCUUCCCUCGCUCCCUGAUACCACAGAUCUGAAUGACUUGUGGGACAGAUGGGUCAAAGGAAAAAAAAACGAGAAAAAAAAAACAACCCAGCGGCCGGACAAGCAGGUGGCAGAGGGAGAUUUUCAGGCUCACGAGGUCUCAGGUGUCAAUGACUUGAACAAGUAAUCAAUACCAUCACCUGUCAGAUUUGUCUGGCGUGUGAGUGAUAAAGGUGAGAGCCAACAGCUGAUCUUGAGAGUGGAAUGUAGUUCAGGAUCCCAAUGUGUUGUGGACGGACUGCCACGCAGCCUUCACCACACUAGCACGUGCUUCUAGUGGCCUGGAUGCAUUAACGAACAGCGUACUGAGCCUGCUGCUGCUCAUGAAAUCCAAUGUACUGUAUUUAAAAAAAAUACCUAUGCAGUCAGUGCUUGAACUCACUUUUUAUGCAGUGCUUUAAGCGUGGCAGUCUCCAGCUUGAGUUUCACAAGCCAGCUUCAUACCUGUUUUAUGUUUGUGAUGGUUCAGUACAAGUCUCCAGAGGAAGAUGAAAACAAGAGUGGGGUUGUACACUCGCCUUCGAAGAGCACACACCCCCUAGUGGCGGUUCUGUGUACAGGCAGUGUUUUGUUUUUUUCCUUCCUCUCUCUGCCCUGAAAUGUUCGACUGGGCCACAGCCAUUUUGACUCGCCCGACUCAGUGACCCCUGCUGCCUGGCACGAGUUCAGGAAGCAGUGCGAGUGAUUUAAGAAUAAUGAAAAUGAUGGUUCUCUGCCAGAGACCCUCAACGAAACUGUCACAACUGACACAUUACCACCACCCAGCAGUAUUUCUGAUGAAAUUCUAAACAUCGCUGUCACUGUGUUUCCUGUGUGUGUGUGUGUGUGUGUUUGAGUGUUUUUGAGAGAGAGAGAGAGUGAGAGAGUGAAAAUUUGCCGAUCGUUUGUAAGACGUUGUGGAGAAGAAGCAUAGGGAUGGGGGAAAGGGUCGAUCUUGGAGCAUGAACAGGAGACUGUGGUUCUUCAAUAGCAUGCCGUUAAUGAUGUGUUUGUGGUUUUUGAGAUCUGCUAUAAGGGUCGGGAUUUUGUCCAGAGACAAAGGUUCUCAAUUUUUAUCUGAAGCUGUUGCAUUGUGAAUGGCCUGAGGCUUGUCCAAUUUAUUCUGGGCUUCUUUUACUGUUUUUGAUGUAAUCUUUUUUUUUUUCAAAUUGCGCCGCGAGCUGCAAUGUUUUCCGUCUCAUAUGUAUAAAGUGCUAAGAAUAUUGACCUGAUUGUUUAAAAAAACCCAGGAUUGUUCACGGGGGAGUGAAAUAAAUGUACCAGCCGAUUACAUUAAAAUCAGAAAAGUUACCCUGAACCAAAUUGACACGCCACACGAAGCGUAAUUCUUUAAGCCCUUCACAGCUCUGAAUGCUCACAAAUGAGUUAUCAAUAUUCCAUAAUUGACUGAUGUGCGUUACACAGCCUGUGAAUGAUUCUCCCCCCUCAUUUUUGAUGUUUUUGGGUGAAUGGGAUUUCUUUCUUUUUUUUUGUCAAACCACUGUUGUUUUUAUCGCCUCCCCACAAGUUCUCUGAGCUCUGAUUGAUGGCAGAAUCACCGAGGGACAAAAAAACCCCAGCAGUUAAUUACAGAAAACGACAAGAACCUCAGGAAAAAAACAAAAAAAAUAACAACCAACCAACAAACGAAUCCUCUCCAGCGAGCCUGACCCUGGGGAGUCUCACUUUUUGGCUUCAAAGGACUGUUUACAAUCCCUUGAUAUGCACAUGUGGAUAUUUUGACGAUCACUUGAUGGAUUUUUUUUUUCUUGUUUAUAUUUUCUUUUUUUCUUAUGGUUUGUAAAUCUAUUUAAACUCUGAAAUAAAGAUCUUUAUUAGA